AUGGCACUCGAAGUAGACUCUUUUGUUCACUUGCGACCUGAUGCUGUAGCACACACAGAUACGAAUCAUAAGGACGUGAAUACUAAGGAUCAGACGAAACACACUACGCAUCAUGUGUAUGAGAUGACAGAGAGUUCAUCGGAUGAAAGUCUUUACGAGACGUCAUCUAGCGAUUCCAAUCGAAUGAUGAGUGAUACUAUCAAGUCAGAUGCUGAUACUGAAGUAACGUUGACUGCUAAUGACAAAGCUAUUGAAAAGAAAGAAGAAGAAGAAGAAGAAGAAGAGAAGAAGAAAAAAAUGGCUCAAACAAUGGACACGAACGUGUACAUUUCAGAGCGUGAGGAGCAUUACAAUACGAAAAAUGUGGCUGAUAUGCACUAUUUGUUCACAAACGACAAGCUCAAGGACGAACCACCGGCAGUUGUGUUGAAGUUGGACCCGUUUUGUAUUCCAAGAGUGACGGACAAUGUGCCCAAUUAUCGGCCAAUGCUCAAUCCAUUAAGUAUUUUUCUCGGCGAAGAUCAGUUGCUACCUGGAAACUUCAGGUUAGAUCCGUUGGAGCGACCGCCAAAUGCGUGUGGAAAAGCGGCAAAGCUGGAGGAUAAAAAUGAACCUAAUGGAAUACUGCCUCUUCCGGGUAGCUCAUCAUCAAUAUCGAGCACUGGAAAACAGUUUUGUGCGAAAAAUAGUACCUUUAUGGGCACUAUGCCUCGACAAACGGAGUUUGCAGAGACUCAAGUUUCGAACAAACGUUUCCAACACGAUGGACUGUUUUGCCCAUUGCCGCCAAUUCUGAGGGUCCCGCCGCCUGCUUCAAAAGAUGACCGAUCAACACGAAUGAAUAGGAAAUCAGGCAACAAGCUACUUGCUUCGAGCAGUCAUAAUGGUGAAGAUGCAUCGACAUUGUUUACUGGAGAUAGCAUUGCUACUCCUGCUUCGCUCUCUGACGCGAUGUUAUUAUCAUCCAUCCAGCAUACUCUUGACAUCACGACGGCUACUUUGGUAGCGACUAGUGGCACUAUGCCUUCAGAAGAUAGUGCCACCGAAAAUGCGUCGUCACUUGCCGAAGGGAGUUCUACAUGCCAGAUCCAGCCACUUGAACCGCUGGAUUCCGCUACCGCCACACUCACUAACUUUCUGCCAACCAGCCGAAGCUCGUCUAGGCUGAACAGUAGCAAAUCUCUGAACGAGCAGCAGUUCGACGCAAUUGGAGGUAAGAAUCCUGUCAACAUCUUGACGAGCUAUUCCGUUGGCGAUCCUGGUGCAUCUGACAGCUCACCGGUCGAACAUCAGACCAGUACCCCAUAUGCUAGUCUUUUCAUCGAUAGUAGUCAGGGUAGACCUACCGAUUUGACCAUGCAGACUUUUUUUUCAGCACUAGGUUCGAUUUUCAUCACUACACCCACAACCACUGCGGCAGGUAAAAGUGCGGGGCUCAUCAUGCUGCCCGGGCGGUCUAACGAAGGAGUCCCACGUCGUCCAGGAGCAAGGAAGCCGCGUGCAAAAAACAUAAUUCGACCGUGCACUUCUCCAGGAUGCACAAAGGGUGCCCGAGGCAAGUCUGGGCUGUGUCAAAAGCAUGGCGGUGGCAAACGUUGUGCUACACCAAACUGCCCGAAAGGUGCACAGGGUAGCAGUGCCAUGUGCCUUUUCCACGGAGGCGGUUAUCGUUGUACAGUGGAAUGGUGUUCUACAGGUGCUCGUGGCACGUCAGGCCUAUGUGCGAAGCAUGGUGGCUACAAGAAGGGCAAAGCUGGUAAGCGUAAACCGAUCGAACGAAGUGCUGCCGUGAAGCGGAUACGCACCAAUGAUUCGCAAGCUUCACCUGCUGCAGUUAACGCAGCAUAA